ACCACCAUUGUUUUCUUUUUCCGUUUCCAAGUUGAAAUUUAAAGUAAAUGGCGCAAAAUUUGGGAGUUGCAGAAAUGGAAACAGAGAAAGACUAUAGGGUGAAGUUGAAGUCUAAAAAAGUUGUUACAGAUCAAUUGGGAAAAUAUCGAGAACUCAUUAAGAAACUAUUAGAUGGCCAGUCUACGAUUACUGAAGAAGUCAAGCAGCAAAUUCUGGAGGAAUUACUGAGGGACUUUGACAGAGGUGUACAAGAAAACAUUUUGAUCAAUGGGAAAGCUUGGGAAGAUGCACCUAAUGAGGGUGAUGAUGAGGAAGAUUGUAAAGCUUUAGAUGAUUUGUUGGAUGAGAACAUUUUGGAAACUACCAUGAAACGCAGCAGCUACCCAAAAAAGAUCCUACCCUAUGUUGUUCGGUCUUUGAAAGCAGAGCGAGAGCUAAUGGGUUUGUAUAAGGAAGUUGUGAAGCCCCAAGAGAUGAAAAAAGAUCCAGUUCAAGAAACCAUAAUGAUGAACUUGUCGGAGGCUGCUCCCAAGAUUACCAGACAAGCCAGCUCAGUGAUGAAGUCCCUCCAGGGCUUGCAGCAGAAAGCGGCCGGGGUGUGUCAGGUGCUGAGCAUGCAGCCCACCGCCGAGUCGCGGGAGAUCCACGCCGAGGUCUUCGGCGCGCCGGGCGGCGAGGCUGCGCCGCUGGUUCCGGGCGGCAUCGCCAGGAACGGCCAACCGCUGAAGAGGGCCGUGCUGGAGAUGGAGCUGAGCAGCGCCUACGCCCUUCCCGUCAAGAAACCGCCCGCCGCGGCGAACGUUGAGGAGCCCUGAGUGUCCGUUCCAACAGGGGGCUGAAGCCAGCAAUCUCUUACUGUUGCACGAGAAUGUAGAAUGAAUGAGGGCAUUGGCAUCCCAUGUUUCCACUUAGCAGGUGUAGAUUGUUGAGCAGUCCAAGUACCGAAUUCUGGAACUUGUAAAUAUCGCUAUAAAUGAUGGCCUCAAUUCUGCAUUCUUGGAUGCAUUUGGUUUCUCUGUCUCAAGUCGUCAGGGGCGACUUCAUUUCAGAUUGGCGCCCUUUCCCCCUGCUUGUUUUCAAGGAGGAGGAUAAAAAGUUCGCCUAGCUAGUUUUUACGCACAUGUGGAUCUGAAAAACAAUCCGGUGAUAUGUAUUUACUAUGAGAAAAUGUACAUUUGUAAUAUUCCAUGCAUGUCAAUCCAUUACUGCUCAUUUGUACUGUCCUGCUAAUUCCUGUCUAUUAAAAAAAUGAAAGGCAGUA